UUAUUUAAAAAUUUAAAAAAAAGUUUUAUUUAUUUAAAUUUAUUAUCUAUUACCUUACCAGUCUUAUUCAUUAAAAAGUUUGGAGGAAGAUUUAGAUUUUAUAUAAAUUAUUAUAUUUUAAAUAUAAUUUUUAUUAAAGAUUACUAUUUAUUUCUGCUUGUAAAAGAAAUCCUAAAUAAUUUAAAAAAAAUAUAUUACUUUACUAAGAUUAACAUUAUUAGUAUUUUUAAUAAUAUUUAA